GCCCGCCGCGGCGCGGCCUCCCCCGCCAUGUGAAGCUCAGGAAGAUGCGGAGGCGCAGCCCGGCCGCCCGCGGCGAGGGAUGAGCCUAGACGGGGAGAAGAUGACCGAGGAAGCCUACCCUGACGACCUAUAACCGGGGUGGGGAAGCAAAGCAAGGAUCUUUGGUCUGUGCGUGCGCGUGUGCUCUCGGAGCCGGGAGGAGGAUGUUGGGAAUGAGUAAUGGUCCGGCCGGAGCUGUAAUGUGCAGAAUACCUCUGGGAUGACUCACCCGGUACAAUGCAGCACAUCCCUCAAGGAGACUGAAUCACGCAUGGGGGGAAGCCGCUGGCUCGGCGGCAGCAGCCAGCUGGGACUUGGGGCAGCCAACACUGAUCCAGAGGCUGGUAGUGGCAGUGAUGGUAGAAUGGAGCAACCUGGGUGUAAAAUGUAGAGGAAAUGGCAUCCCCCAGCAGUGACAGCUAUAUUGUGCGAGUCAAAGCUGUGGUUAUGACCCGAGAUGACUCCAGUGGGGGAUGGUUGCCACAAGAAGGAGGCGGUCUCAGUAGAGUUGGCGUCUGCAAGGUCACGUACCCGGAGGGCAAUGGAAGAAGUGGAUUUCUAAUCCAUGGUGAAAGGCAGAAAGACAAACUGGUGGUGCUGGAGUGCUUUGUGAAGAAGGACCUGGUGUACACGAAGGCGAACCCCACCUUCCACCACUGGAAAGUCGACAACAGAAAGUUCGGGCUCACUUUUCAAAGCCCUGCCGAUGCUCGAGCCUUCGACAGAGGAGUGAGGAAAGCCAUCGAGGACCUCAUCGAAGGGUCUACGACGUCCUCAUCAACGCUUCACAAUGAGGCUGAGGUCGGCGAUGAUGAUGUCUUCACUAACGCUACAGACAGCUCCUCUAACUCCUCUCAAAAAAGGGAACAGCCUGUGCGAACUCUGGCUUCUCCUGCAUCCUGCGAACACCGAAGAAUUUGCACUCGUGGACACCUUCACGACCAUUAUAGCUCUGACCACUACCAUCUAGAACAAUCAGUACCGCGAUCCUAUCGGCACGUCAACUUUCCAGAUGAUGAUGAGGAGAUAGUGCGCAUCAAUCCUCGGGAAAAGAUUUGGAUGACUGGAUACGAGGACUAUCGCCAUGCCCCAGCACGGGGAAAGAACUUUGAUCCUGAUGACAUGGACUCCUACGUACGUUUUGCCAAAAGUGAGGCCUCAAAACACGAAUACACUUAUCCUUACGUAGACAACUCGGACUUUGACCUGGGUGAAGAUAUCAAGGGUGCUGUGAUAAAGACUCAACCUGUCAAGUUUAAGCCCAGGCGGAAGGAAGAUGGGGAGAGGUCACGGUGCGUGUACUGCAGGGACAUGUUCAACCAUGAGGAGAACAAACGGGGUCAAUGCCAGGAUGCUCCAGACCGCGUCAAGACUUGCAUCCAUCGAGUGAGCUGUAUGUGGUGCGCAGACACUAUGCUCUAUCACUGUAUGUCCGAUCCAGAAGGAGACUAUACAGAUCCUUGCUCGUGUGACACCAGUGAUGAAAUGUUUUGCCUCCGGUGGAUGGCCCUUAUCGCCUUGUCUUUCAUUGCUCCAUGUAUGUGCUGUUACUUGCCGCUUCGGGCUUGUUACCACUGUGGGGUCAUGUGCAGGUGCUGUGGUGGAAAACAUAAAGCUGCUGGAUGACUACAGAUGCAUUCAAAGUGUUACGUUUUUUCUGUAGUUCAAGGAACACAUUGGUUUCGGAGCAUUGAGAUCACUCAUUUUGAUGCAGCCACUGUGCCCAACAGCAUCCAGAAACCACCAGUUCGGAUCACUUUACAUUUGGUCGUCUGGGGCUCACACUGCAUUGAUUUGCUCAUCAAGUGUUCUAACUAACUAACCUACAGCAUAGACUUUUGUAUUAUUAAUCUGUAAUCAAAACAGACUGUCUUGUACAUGUUGGUUUUUUUUUGUUUUGUUUCGUUUUGUUUUGGGUUUUUUUCCAGUUAAAAUGAGUUUGAGAAAAGAACUUUAAAUGGUGGUGGAUUGUAAAACAUCUCCAGGUUGUGUCCGUCUUGCCUCCGCUUGUGUGGUACCAUCAGCGUGUUAGCAAGCUGUGGCAUUUCUAGAAACGGGGUGGUGUAGUGAAUUGAAAUCUCACUUGGAAGAUAUUUUAACUUGCCGUCAAGUUAUUGUGUGUGUAUAGAAGGUGUGCUAGUAACAAACUUGUACCACAACACAGUAUUUCUGUCACUGGUUUUCUUUGGGGUUUUUUUGUUCUGUUUUCCAAAGCAAAAAUAGCCAUCUAAGCUGCAGUUUCUCUUCUAGAGUCCAUCGUCAUUUCCUUGAGCAAACAUCUUGAAUUAUUUCUGUUCAUAAAGCUCUGUGAACAGAAAGCAAGGCUCAGUUACCAUAGUCGCAUAGCCAUUGAGGAUCUGGUAGUUCUCCUUACCUGUAAUCAUUUCAGACCACUACUUGAAAGAGAAACUUAAAUUUUAGGGUUUUCUUUUUUCCCUAAAUAACAUUGGAAAAAUAAAACUGUGUUUUUUUCAGAGUUCUGCCCAAAAGAAAGGGAACUUCUUCCUUAGCCAGCCAUGUAAUGAUCUGUGAAUAAAACACUAAGGUUCCAGAUGAGGAAAAUUGUUGUUAUGCAAAGAAUUACUAACAAUGCAAUGUCAAAAGCACUAUUAUGGCAAUUCUGGGGAAAUGCUGCAUUAAGUGGUGGAUUAUAUGGAAAAUUGUAUUUGCUUGUUCGUUUUCUGUAUAAUAACAUGAGCAUGAGAACAUACGCGUCCACAGUAGAAACUACAUUUAGCAAUCUAAGCAGGUAUGUAAAACCAAAAGCCAGGCUGUUAACCACCACUUCCAUUUCCUGACCUGCGGUCCCAGUCCUCCGGAUGCUUACACAUGUCUCGAUGUAUUGUGUGUAGGAUGAAGCAUGUGAGGCUUUGCAGGAGCCAGACCGAAGCGUCUCCCUGGCUUUUCCCUUCCCCAGUUCACCACCCAGAUUUAUCAAGUGGAUGCAUAAAGGUGCAUAUACAGCAGGAUAAGAUUACUUUAAGUUUUUUAUUAUUUUUUUUUUAAUGUCAUGUUGUCUUGUGUACAAGGCUUGUAAUUAGCUUGGAAAAAGAGUAUUUUUCUAAUAUAUUACAAGGAAUAGCCAAAUAAUUUUUAUUAAAAAUAAAAAUAAAAAUGAUUUAGCGCAGUGAGCUCUAACUAGCAUAGUACAAUCUGAAUACUUUGAGGCAGCUAGGGAUUGGCUUGUCAAAGCUGGCACUGCUGUUCCUGCCAUAAUUUCUUUCUGCAGUAAAUUGCCAGUGGGCGCAUGUCCUUUCCCUCCCUCUAUUGCACAUUGACAUCAGUCUUAAAAAGAGAGGAAUAUUUUCUUUUUUUUUAUUAAUUUGCCAAAUAAAUGUAAAAGGAACGCUUGCCAUUCUUUCUUGGUGGAAUUUCCAACAGUUCCUCUGAGAGUUAAUCACAGCUUUUUAGUCAACCAUGAAUUAAGUAUGCAAUGUGCUUAUACACUAUAGAGUUUGGUAGGUUUAAUUCGUAGCAGUUGCUGGGGAUUUUUUCGGUUGGGAAAAAGAAACGAAUGACAGUGGAAAAGGGAUGGAGUGUUACGCUCUGGGUGAUGUGUCUGGGUUUGCUGAAUGAAAUAGUAUUUUGUGCCUAAUAGCAGUUGACAAAUCUCUCAAUGGUGUCUAAUAAACAUCAAGCCAGCCUCGAGGAAAAAAAAAGAACCAUAAUGGAACAACCUUUUCCUUUUGAUUUCUGUUCUCCAAGUUGUUUCAUGUAAACAAACAUCUGUAAGAUCUUCUCUCUAUAAAGCACAACACUACAAAAAGAUCUUACAGCUUUUUGUCCGGUCUUGAAGUGCCCCUAUUUAUUUAAGUAAAGUGGACAUACUCCAAGCCUUUCUGUAUGUCUGGAAAUAAAAGUUUAACAAAAAAAAGAAAAAAAAAA